UCCUCUCCUCUCAGUGAGCGAAAGUGGCCGCCGCCGCCGUCCCAGCGCCCGCAGCCGCCGCCUCCUCCUCAGCACCAGCGCGGGCGCCAUCUUGGCGAGGCAGGAGCCGGGAGCGCUCCGCGGCAGGAGACAGGCAACGCCAGCCCCGGCAACGCGGGGCGAGAGGCCGGGUGGAGCAAGCGGGGGAGCGAGCCCGGGAGACACCCCCAGCCCCCUGCCACCGCCGCCGCCGCCCCGCCGCCGGGCCGGCUACUCAGCAGUGUGUUCAGAGGCACCUGUGCAUGAGGAAAAGUUUGUUCUAUGGCUUCAGAGCUGGGUGCCAGGGAGGAUGGCAGCUGCUCAGAGCUGGCAAAACCCCUCUAUCUGCAAUACCUGGAGAAAGCUCUGCAACUGGAUCAGUUUUUACGACAGACAUCUGCCAUCUUUAACAGGAGUAUAUCCAGCGAUGAAAGUGAAGAUGGAUUGGAUGACAGUCCUUUGCUGCCUCAGUCUGGGGAUCCCCUGAUGCAAGUUAAGGAAGAGCCUACAAACUCAUUGCUUGGGGAGUCGUCUGGAGCAGGGAAUUCUGGGAUGCUGAACACACAUUCCCUGAAUGGAGUACUGCAGCCAGAACCAAAGUCUGAAAAAGGGAGCUUGUAUAACUUUUCCAAACUGAAGAAAAGCAGAAAGUGGCUGAAGAGUAUCCUUCUGAGUGAUGACUCCAGUGACACAGAUUCACCAAGUGAUGAGGACGGAGAGGAUGAAGAAGAAUUUUCCCUUUCAAGGGAGGAACUUCACAAUAUGCUGCGAUUACACAAAUAUAAGAAAUUGCAUCAAAUUAAAUAUAGCAAAGACAAAGAGUUGCAGCAGUAUCAGUACUACAGCGCGGGGCUGCUGUCCACCCACGACCCUUACUAUGAGCAGCAGCGCCACCUGCUAGGGCCCAAGAAAAAGAAGUUUAAAGAAGAGAAAAAAAUAAAAGGCAAGUUGAAAAAAGUAAAGAAAAAGAGGAGACGGGAUGAAGAACUCUCUUCAGAGGAGUCACCACGACGCCACCAUCACCAGACCAAAGUUUUUGCCAAGUUUUCUCAUGAUACGCCACCACCUGGGUCCAAGAAGAAGCAUUUGUCUAUUGAGCAGCUUAAUGCACGUCGACGGAAAGUGUGGCUUACCAUUGUUAAAAAGGAGUUGCCAAAGGCAUACAAACAGAAAGCUUCAGCCCGCAACCUUUUCCUAACCAACAGCAAAAAGCUUGCCCAUCAGUGCAUGAGGGAGGUACGUCGAGCCGCUAUCCAAGCCCAGAAAAACUGUAAGGAAACUCUACCACGAGCGCGUCGUCUUACCAAGGAGAUGCUUCUCUAUUGGAAAAAGUAUGAAAAGGUGGAAAAAGAACAUCGCAAACGAGCUGAGAAGGAGGCUCUGGAGCAACGCAAGCUGGAUGAGGAGAUGAGAGAGGCAAAGAGGCAGCAGCGAAAACUUAACUUCCUGAUCACACAAACUGAAUUAUAUGCCCAUUUUAUGAGUCGUAAAAGAGAUAUUGGACAUGAUGGAAUACAGGAGGAAAUCCUACGCAAACUGGAAGACAGCUCUACCCAAAGGCAGAUUGAUAUUGGUGGAGGGGUAGUGGUCAACAUCACCCAAGAAGAUUAUGAUAGUAACUAUUACAAGGCCCAAGCUCUGAAGAACGCUGAGGAUGCUUACCAGAUUCAUCAGGCCCGGACCAGAUCAUUUGAUGAAGAUGCAAAGGAGAGCCGGGCAGCUGCUUUGCGGGCUGCUAACAAGUCUGGUACUGGCUUUGGAGAGAGCUACAGUUUAGCAAACCCUUCUAUCCGAGCAGGAGAAGAUAUUCCACAGCCUACCAUUUUCAAUGGAAAACUGAAAGGUUACCAACUGAAAGGCAUGAAUUGGCUGGCCAACCUCUAUGAGCAGGGCAUCAAUGGCAUCCUGGCAGAUGAAAUGGGUCUGGGUAAAACAGUACAAAGUAUUGCUCUCCUUGCACAUCUGGCUGAGAGAGAGAACAUCUGGGGACCGUUUUUAAUAAUUUCACCUGCCUCUACUCUGAACAACUGGCACCAGGAGUUUGCCAGAUUUGUACCUAAAUUUAAGGUGCUACCAUAUUGGGGAAAUCCCCAUGAUAGAAAGGUGAUCAGGAAGUUCUGGAGUCAGAAGACGCUGUAUACUCAGGAUGCUCCUUUCCACGUGGUAAUUACCAGUUAUCAGCUGGUAGUGCAGGAUGUGAAGUAUUUCCAGCGAGUGAAGUGGCAGUAUAUGGUUCUGGAUGAAGCGCAAGCACUCAAAAGUAGCUCCAGUGUUCGUUGGAAGAUCCUACUGCAGUUCCAGUGUCGAAACAGGUUGUUGCUGACUGGGACCCCAAUCCAGAACACGAUGGCUGAGCUAUGGGCCCUGCUCCAUUUUAUCAUGCCAACGCUGUUUGAUUCCCAUGAAGAGUUCAAUGAGUGGUUUUCUAAGGACAUAGAGAGCCAUGCAGAGAACAAAUCUGCCAUUGAUGAGAACCAGCUAUCCCGCUUGCACAUGAUCCUGAAGCCUUUCAUGUUGAGAAGAAUCAAGAAGGAUGUGGAAAAUGAAUUGUCAGAUAAGAUUGAAAUUCUUAUGUACUGCCAGCAGACAAGUCGACAGAAGCUCUUGUACCAAGCUCUGAAAAAUAAAAUCUCUAUUGAUGACCUCCUGCAAUCAUCAAUGGGCACUACUCAGCAAGCACAGACCACCACUAGUAGUCUCAUGAAUCUAGUCAUGCAGUUCAGGAAGGUGUGCAAUCACCCAGAGCUGUUUGAAAGACAAGAAACUUGGUCUCCAUUUCACAUCUUCCUAAAGCCAUACCAGAUUUCCAAGUUCAUCUACCGUCAUGGACAGAUCAGGGUCUUUAACCACUCACGGGACAGGUGGUUACGGGUUUUACUUUCGCCAUUUGCACCAGACCACAUACAGCAGUCUCUCUUCCAUAGGAAGGGCGUCAAUGAAGAAAGCUGUUUUUCUUUCCUCCGGUUUAUUGAUGUCUCUCCAGCAGAAAUGGCAAAUCUUAUGAAUCAGGGACAUUUAGCCAGAUGGUUAGCUCUUUUCCUGUCUCUGAAAGCAUCGUACAGGCUCCAUCACAUGCGCUUCUGGAUGGAGACAGAAGAGGAGAAAGAGCAGGGGUCAUGUUUUCUGAGGAACAGGGAUUUCUUACUUGAUGUAAAUUUUCCACUGUCUUUCCCUAACUUGCACAGCUGCACUUUGCUGCAGAACCUUGUGUUCAGCAGCCACUGUAAAGCAGUUACUGGCUAUUCAGACCAUGUCAUAUAUAGAAGGAAAUCAGCUACCUCAUGUGUACAAUGCUGCCAGGUGACUGAGCUGCCGUCCUUCCUGUGCAUAGCCAGUCCACGGGUAACAGCUGUGCCACUGGAGUUCUACUGCAAUGACCGAAGUGCAGAAUACGAGCGCAGGGCACUAAGGGAAGGAGGAAGUCUUGAAGCAAAGCAGUGUGUACUCCAUGGAUCCCCUGAGCUAGCAGCUGACUGGUUGAAGCAAUGCUCCCAAUUCUUCCCAGAGCAUCCAGGAGGACUGUUAGGGAUCAGGCCUCAGAAUGGCUGGUCUUUUAUCAGGAUACCAGACAAAGAGAGUCUGAUCACUGACAGUGGAAAACUUCAUGCUCUUGAUCUUCUGUUGACACGGCUGAAAUCUCAAGGACACAGAGUUCUUAUUUAUUCCCAGAUGACGAGAAUGAUUGACUUACUAGAGGAAUACAUGGUUUAUAGGAAACAUACCUACAUGAGAUUGGAUGGUUCUUCAAAGAUUUCUGAACGAAGGGACAUGGUAGCAGAUUUUCAGAACAGGAAUGAUAUUUUUGUGUUCCUGUUAAGUACAAGAGCUGGAGGCUUGGGCAUUAACCUUACAGCUGCAGAUACGGUAAUUUUCUAUGACAGUGAUUGGAACCCAACAGUAGACCAACAAGCCAUGGAUCGGGCACACAGGCUGGGUCAAACAAAACAAGUCACUGUGUAUCGGUUGAUAUGCAAAGGCACCAUUGAGGAGCGCAUCUUACAAAGGGCAAAGGAAAAGAGUGAGAUCCAACGAAUGGUGAUUUCAGGUGGCAAUUUCAAACCUGACACCUUGAAGCCAAAGGAGGUGGUCAGCCUUCUGCUGGAUGAUGAGGAGCUAGAAAAAAAAUUGCGUCAGCGUCAAGAAGAGAAACGACAGCAGGAAGAAACAAAUCGUGUGAAGGAACGUAAACGUAAAAGGGAAAAAUAUGCUGAAAAGAAGAAGAAGGAAGAUGAGUUGGAUGGGAAGAGAAAGAAAGAGAGCAUGAACCUUGUGAUCCCGUUUGUUCCCUCAGCUGAUAACUCCAACCUGUCUGCUGAUGGGGAUGACUCUUUCAUUAGUGUAGACUCUGCCAUGCCCAGUCCUUUCAGUGAGAUAUCCAUCAGCAGUGAAUUACAUAUGGGCUCUAUCCCUCCCGAUGAGAGCAGUAAUGAUAUGCUUGUGAUUGUGGAUGAUCCAGCUUCUUCAGCACCUCAGUCAAGAGCAACAAACUCUCCUUCUUCCAUUACUGGUUCAGUUUCAGAUACGGUGAAUGGUGUUUCAAUGCAAGAUACGUCUCUCAGUGGGAGAGGCCAGUCAAGUCGAAGCCGGGGUCGUCCUAAAGGUGGAUCAAAAGCCAGCACUGGGAAAGGCAGGAGCCGGAAGUCAAUAGCGGGAAGUGCAGCUGCGAUGGCAGGUGCCAAAGCAGGGGCAGCAGCAGCCUCUGCAGCGGCGUAUGCAGCGUACGGAUACAACGUCUCUAAAGGCAUGUCUGCAAGUAGCCCUCUACAAACAGCAAUCAUUCGGCCUUCCGGACUUGUAGAUUUUGGACCUUCAAGCGCCUCUUCUCCCUUGAGCUCCCCUUUGAGCAAAGGAAACAGUGUUUGUGGGACACCCAAAAGUUUAAACCUGACCAGCAGUCUCAUAUCAGAAACUUCAGUUCGGAAGCAAAGUAAAGGUGCCCACACCUCAGGUGGUCGGUAGUGAUUUUGAACCCCCAAAGCUUAUCUGAGCUGUGUUGGCUUUCAGAGUAGACCACCCUGCCAGUUGAAGGCAUGCAAAUGAAUGCCCUGUUGCUGUCCAGCACAUGUGUGUAAAGAAAAUCAAAGCACAAUGGGAGUGGGUGGUUGAUGUGAGCACUUUGAUUAUGUGUAUUCCAAAAAACUAUAUUUGCAGACACUGCAAGAAGGAGGGAAGGGAGUCUGGGGUAACUAGGAGAGUGUCAGCUUAUGUUUCAUUGACAAAGAUUCCCGAGAAAGCAUCCAGCUACUCCAUGCAACAUCCUGCAGCUGUGUGUGCUUGAAGUCACACCACUAUAUUUUCUCUCUUGUAGCGUGAGGUGGAGCCCAGCGUUAGUUUUGCCCUAUGAAAUCAGUAUCCAAACCCCAGGAGUAUCCUGUAGAGUCACAAGACAUUUCUGUACUGGCAGCUGCUCAGUGAACCUGUGGGAGUAAUAGGGGGCUAUGCUGAAGAUGAUAUGUGAUCAAAAAAAAUUUUGGGUUCUUCUGGUGUGGUUCUCUGGGUUCUUUAAAGGCUUGAAAUGCAAAGGAAGGUGUCUCAAGUGGUUUCCAGGGAGUGGAUUCUUUUCAGCACCAUUUGUCAGGAAGAUGGUCAGAGCUGCAGAAUACAGGGAGUGCUGUCAACCCUAGUGAGAGCAGCAGCACAGCCUCUGCUUCACGCAGUGAAAGAAACCACAAGCCAGUGAUUGGUUUGCAUUUCAGAGUUCUCAUCAGCACAAAUACUCACUGUGUUCAAAAUGAUUUCUCUCAUUUUUGAGGUGUGCAGAACUCUUAAAGGCUUAGAAACAAAAAGUGCUCUAUUAGUACAAAUCUCGAGAAGGAGGAAAGCUGAAGUGCUGAGGAAGGGUUUGUGCUGCUCCUCUCACUAUGCCAAAGCAAAGCAUGGAUCUGCAGCUUUGCUGUGAGAGGAGCAACAAAAAACAGUCCUGAGAGAGAGAGAACUAUGCCAUUCCCCCUUCUAGCCAAAUCCUGGGGAAAAAAUUGUCUCAUAUCCCAGCCAUCCCAUUGACUGUUCUUGCAGUGUGUUUUCCCUUCAUCUCUGUGAUCAUCACACAUACUGGCGUAGUUGAGUUCACUGCAGUGUGUGGGCACCAUUAGCUGUGUCCCGUGAGGCUGAUAGAAGGCCGUGCUGCUCCCAGUGCCCAUCCAUGUUCUUGUUCCCUAGUUGCUCCUUCCCUGUUCCCAAUGCACAAACCCUGCCCGUAGCUCCUUGCUUUGCUGUACGCAUUGUCUGUGUUGCACUGAGAUUUAGGUGUGGGACAGUUCUUCUGUCUGACACAUUGAGUAAAGAGGCUGUUCUGCUGGGGCACUUUCAACCCUUGACAGAGAGAAGCAAGUUGAGUUGAAGGUCUGGGCUGUGACAGUGGAAGAUUACUUUUUUAUUAUUAUAAUUUUUUUCUGACCCCAAAUCCCUUGCCUGGCGUCCUACAGUGUGGAGCGAGUGCUUCCUGUUGGCUCUGCCUCUAAUUUGCACACCUGAAAAUAGCAGAACUGAGCUUAGUUAGAUUGAUUUUUAAACAGAUUUGCAGGGGAUAAUUGAGGGGGAGGUGUUGUUUAAUUAACUAAUGAAGACUUCCCCCUUCCCCUCUUAUUCACGUGUAUAUAUGAUAUUUAGAGGGAAUCAGACAAAUGCCAAGCCUUUUUUUCUCUUUGAAUGUGCUGUCUAUUUUUGUAACUGAACUUGUACAUAUGUAUAAAGAGAGACACAUCUUUCUUUUACUAACUGGAGGAGAAAAUCUUAAAUAAAAUGGAGUGAGAUAAUUUUAUGUAAAUCAGUGUCUUUGUGGUUUUUAUGCAUAUAGCUGUAUGAAUGAGAGGAUUAGGGAAGAGAGCAUGGAGGGUGCGCAUCUGGAAGUGCUUCUAGAGACAUGCACUGCUCAAUGUUAAGCUCUAGAGUGUGUGCUCUUCCAAGUAUCACCUUUGUAACCUUCUUCAGUUACAACUGUACCCUUAUCCCUUGUCUGUAUUCACCAAUUAUCUCAUAAUCUGUUUUGGAGUAGGGGUGCAGCAGAUCAUAAGAAAACAGAAGCAAGUAUAAUAUGCGUAAUUACACAGUACCUGAACUAUGAUGGUUGAAUUCAAUACAGUUGAUUGUUUUGAGACAUCAUGCUCUACAGUUUGUUCUUUUUUUUUUCUUUUUUUUUUCAGUGGGAGUUGAAAGGACUUUUUUAUAUGCAGUCUUGGUUUCUGAGAUGCUAGACAGUUGCAUCAAUUUGUAAUCCAAAGUGGAGAGAAAAAAAUAAUUUGUAAUUUGAAAAGUUUGCAAAAAUGUAAUAUGUGCUGUUGCAUGCUAUACUUAUGAAAGAUUAAAUUAUUCAUAUUUUAAAUGCUGAUAAAUAUAAAAAUAAAAUACAUCUAGGAGUAUAAAUAUAUUUACAAUAUAUAUAAAUAAAAUAUAUUUAAGCUAAAUAAUUUAAAAUAAAAAUACAAAAUAAAAAUAUAUUUAAAAUAAUUUAAUCUUCAAAAGAAAUGCCAAAUGAUAUCACAAGUUGUGGCAAAAGCAGUGAUAGUCUACCUGCUUGCGAAAUGUGCAUCAGGCCAACAAGUUCAGGAAGAUCUAACAUGACUGUAAAAUAAACAAACUGGUAGAUUAUAUCCAGUUCAAUUUCUGCAAGAAGUUGAAUUUCAACAGAUGCAUUCUUUGUAUUAUGCAUCAUAGGAGAACAGAUUCUGUGAUAUUAAUCAAGGAAUUGGGAAGAAUUCCUGUAAUGGCUGUCCUAGUCUAAUUUCUGGGUUUAGGGAAAGAAGUAGUGCUAGAAAAGCAAAGAAGGGGGGGGCGGUUUAAGAAGGCGGAGGUAGUUUUGUGAUUAUUAUGUGGGGAACCUUUCUGUUGAAGUGAGCAAAUGGGUGUGCACACUGAAGCUUUGUUCUUUAAAGUUUCACUCCGAGCAUCUUUUCACUCCAUGUGUUGUGCACUUGUUGUAUGGAUUAAUGGCAGAGAAAGUCACUUUCCUUUGAGGGAUCAAGGUCUUUGCUAGUGGUAGAAACAAUUAUUAAUGAACUGAGUUUGUAUUUUAAGAUGGGAUGGUGAAAUAGCUGUCAGUAUUGUUUGGGGGAUGUUGGGAAUGCUAUGUAUUCCUCAUGCUACUUGAUUGUAGCAAUUUACUCAGCAGUUAUUACAAAACUGUUAAAUAUAGUUCACUUAUCAGUGCUAUUGAAGACACUUAAAGGCGAUAAUUUUCUUAGGUCCUGAGAAGUUAGGACUAAAAGGUGCUGUUGUGUCCCACACUCACACAAUUUUUUUAGUUUAGCUUGUAAGAGAUGUCCAGUCAGAAGGGUCCCCAGAAUAUCCAUUUUUCCCACUGUCACACAUGGUCCACAAAGUCUUACCAAGCAACAACAUAGUUAAAUCUAAACCACCAAAAACCAACUACAAUAUUCUUUUGCAAGAUGGCAAGAGUGACUGAAACUGUUACCUUCUCUCAAAAAAUAUUGUAGGGUAGUUGGAGACAGGAGAAAGGGAUUUCUGCCUGACCCUCUGAUGUUGACUUUAACCCUCACAUAUGCAGACAGGACAUAGCAGCCAGGCCAUUGAUAAAUGCAAAAUUAUGAGCCCCAAUGCACUUUGCCCUAUAUCUUCUCUCUGGAUAUGGUUACUAUCAGCACCCUAGAGAAUGGCAAAACCAAGCAAAAAAAGCUGGGAAAGAAAGAACAAGCAGAAUGAUGCAUCGAAGAAACAAGAAAAUAACUUGUCCUUGCUCACCACAGACAGAUUGUGAAGGUCAGCAUCUAAGAUUAUUAUUCUAUAGAAAUAGAGCGCUGAAGUGUCCUCUCAACUCCUUUUCAAAACCGUGUUGAUCAGACAGACAGGGGCUUCCAUCGCACUGUCCCCAGAAAUUGUUCUGUUUAGCUGUACAGUCACUGUGCAGUCCCUUCCACACAAACUGUUACCACUUUUUUAAAUUAUUUGGUUCCUUGGCUUCAUGGUGUAUUCAGAAUUUUUCUAACUUCUGUUUUAAAGUAUUUUAUGACCAGUUGGAGUCCACUUUUUCUAAGUCAGUGAAAGAUUAAUUAACCCGCAAGCCAUUUUCUCUUUUUAUCAUGGGUCAAGUCUGUCAUCCUCUCCAUUUAGUCAGCCACUAGAUCUCCUUUUCCUAUUCUGCAAAGAGAUAAACAGGAGGAUUUGCACCUGGAACUGCUUUAAUUCAGUAUUAAUUCCAGGUAUUAAUGCUGCUCCGUCCAAAUGCAGUGUUAUUUCUGUGCCUUCUCCCCUCUCUGCUGCAUGCUUUCCCCACCACAGUGUAUCUGCUCUUUGCUGUCUCAUGUUCUGUUUGUAGAAAGCUGCCUGUCUGCCCAGAGCUAUAUCUUGCUUUAUUUCCAUAUUCCCAAAGUAUUUCCUUUAGCAGCAUUUCGCAGUGGGGGAGGCACACAAAGCUCAGUGGGAAAAGCUCCAUGCAGCAGGAAUAGGGAUCUGCACUACUUGGACUGUAGCUCAGGACAGCCAAGGUGCUGGUGAGAGGAGGAAGAACACAACUGAUAAAAUCACUUGGGGGCAGGAUGUGGAUCAAUGUAAUUUGGGAAAUGCUGCCCUGUGACCACUACCCUCCCUGUCCUGGUCUCCUCUUAGUGGAGUGAGCUGGUGUGCUUCUGCUCCCAGAUAUACUUACAGGCUCCUCAGCUUCUCACUUCUACCUCCAUUGCUUUUUUGGUUGUUUUUUUUUUGUUGUUGUUGUUUUUUGUUUGUUUGUUUUGUUGACUAUUCAGUCUGAGACACACAUUAUAACUCACGGGGAGCCCUACAGGCAUUGUCUUGUGUUCUCCUUCCUGCUCAAGAAGGGAUGGUGGUGCACACCCUGCUGUCCUUUGGAAGUUUCUGCUGGAGUGGCUGGAAAAAACAAUUUGUAGCUCAUUACCCAAAGGGAUGCUACUUGCAUGUGAAGUAUAACUGAGACACGCAUACUAAAAUAAAGGCAAUCACAUCUUAUUCUCCUAGAAUUUUGAAGGAUUUAUUUUUUAUUUGCGGCCUGCACCAGUUGCAUAGCAGUGAAUGAGAGAGAGGGAAGUGGGAGCAUCAUUAUUAGGACUACGCAGGUGGCCCAGCUCUCAGAUUGAACCAGUAGGUCUGUAGAGCAAGCAAGUUGUUCUUGCAGCGCUCACAUUAGCAUGUGCUUCUCUGAAAAGCCUCCAACAAAUGCCUUGUGAAACAGAGGAAUGCAUAAGAUGGGUUGAGUUUCUUCCAGCUUCACCCUCCUCUUAGCUCCUGCAUACUACCUCAGAAGAGUGAAGUUACUCCAGAGCUAAUGGGUCUUCCAGGUAUUUUGUACCAAAUUCUAAUUAUAGAAUGUUCUUCUAGGGGCAUAUGAGGGAAUUUGUUUGCAUCCCAGGCAUGAGGAAAUGUUUCAAUACUCAGGUAUGAAACAAUGACUCCUUCCUUCCUCAGCUGAUGAGCAUCACUGGUAGAAUGAGGUAGAGGAAGAAAACAUUGAAACAUCACUUUUGUGCCUUCUUGAGUUUCCCAUGGACUGUCUCUUCCUUCUUUGAUAGGAUUGCUGGUUCUGCUAAGUCUGCUGUAGUUAACAGGAGACCUAAACAUCCAGGGAUUACAGUAUCUCUUGUCAUCUCUGUGAUAUUGUUUUGCAAGCACUUGUUUUUUUCCUCCCUGCUCCUUAACCUCACCCAACUCUUCUCAAGGCCCAAGUGUUGUCUUUGGUGCUUUCAGUUGAUAGGGAAAAUGCUUCUGUUUAAAGGUGUAAAUUUUUAACUGCAUGACCCUCAUACCUUACCUCAGUGUUAUGAGAACUGUGAAUUAAGAUAAAUCUAAGCAUACGUGUAGUUUGUGUAAUUUGUGUGCACAGUUACCCUGAAUAAACCUUCACCAACUUUUUCAAAGCAAGAAAAAGUUAUUGUUAUUGUUGCACAGAGAUUAGAACCUAUUUGGAAAUUCACUACUGGUUUAGACUGAUUUGUAGAAGUGGACUAUUUGUUAAAUUUACUCACACUUUCUUAUUCAAACCAAAAAACCAGUGGCUUUCUUCUCAAGAUAAAUUUAAGAAAUGCUCUCCUGCUAGGUGAAGCAAAUCCUGUUGCUCUCAUCUCUCAUCUAUUCUUGUAGCUUCUCUGAUGUAUCCCUACACCUUAACUUCCCAACUGGGUCUUCCUCUAGGAAGGAAUAAACUGCAGGUGGGAGCCCUCCCUCCAUAUCAAGGUUAGAUGUCAUCUGUCUUUCAGGAGGCUGUCUUUCAGGUUUCUUUUAAAUUCUGGUGUUACAGUUUCCCCUGAAUUGAAUUCAGUAGAAUUCAAACAUAGAAAUUCUUGUUUCUAUUCAGGUUGGUGAGUGCAUUUCAGAGUUUUGCAGCUGCUGUGUAGACAAGUGGUUUUAUAAUGCUCGUUCUGCAACAAGAUUCCCGAAGAACUCCCCUCCCAGGUAGGGUCUUUGCUGGGAAAGAACAUUCCCACAUUAAUUGGGAACCACUGUUCUCUAAUUCACAGCGUUCUGUAAUUCAAGUAGCUUUUCUCCAUAGAUUUGUAUUAGAAUCACUUAAAACCCAUCUAAGUUCCUCACAGGAGUGUUUCCAACACAGUCACCUUUGGCAGUCCUUGCCCUCCCCAGUCAGUCAGGAUUGGCAGCACAGAGUGCUUGUCUGUAUUUCACUCAGGCUACGGAAGGUUGCUGGGGUUUUUUUAAUGGAAGAGUCAGCAAAUCUCACACAUAGUUGGCUGAACGCUGCUUUGGGUUUUUUUAAAACUACAUUAAGCUUUUGGUGUGUGACUGCAAUUAGCUACGUGCUGAUCAGCGUAGCGUGCUGCUGCCCAGUAAUGCAAAGGCACGUGGCCUGACACACCCUUGAGUAACACUUCAUUGUCUGUGAUAAAGUUCCCGAGUUUUCCUUUGCAAGCAGAGGAAACAGAAGAGAUGUUCAGAACUUCCAAAGAAUCCUGAAAACUAACAUCCAAAACCCCCAUUUUUUUGUGUCACUCCAUGCAUCUAGUGAGUGCUGAUGGAAGGGCCUUUCUGAGUCUCGUUUCUUCUUGCUGCUCCUACUCCUUCCAUAGAGUUCACAUGAACACUUUUGUGAACAACUGCAUUCCCGCAAACCCUUUUUUUGCCAUUUAAUCCAGAUUUUUCUUUGAUUUAAUCUCAUUCGUAGAAUCAUUUAGUAGAAUCAUGGAACAGUUUCAGUGGAAGGGCCCUUAAAGAUCAUCUAGUUCCAAACCCCGUGCAAUAGGCAGGGACACGUUUUUUUUUUUAAAUGGAUCUUUAAAUAGCUCUAAAGGUGCAUAAUGGUAUAUUUCAGUCUCUGGAUUUCAAGGGCUCCUGACACAGUAAUUCAGCUUCAUGAUGUCUAUUUGUCCAGGUGACUGCAGUCUACCAUCAUUCUCUGUAUGUUUAGAGCUUGGAAGAAGUUCCUGUGUCUAGCUUGCAGUCAUAAUUUUACUGAGAUAUGUAUUCAAUCUCGUUAGCACAAAAAAAAAAUUCUACUUUUUUAGUAAUUUGACACUCAGAUAAAUUCUUGUUGACUAGUUGAAAACUUACUGAGAUUGUGAUGUUGAAUCUGAACAAGAGGUUUUGAAACACGGUGCUGAUUUGGGACUGGAAGUCAUGACGAUUUCUUUUACAGGCUGCUGUAAGCUCAAGUGCUUUAUAUGAUUUUGAAACACGCCAUCAUGAGCUUUGUGGAAAGAGGCUUGCUUCCCUGCCAUGGCUUUGAUAACUUGCUGCUAGCAUAUGCAAUCAGAGGUAUAUAUUGUAUAAUUAAUGUAAUUCAGUUACGAUGUGGUUUGCUGUCCUUAGUUAUAUAUCAUUGUGUCUGUCUGGAAUCAAGUAACUAAAUAUUAACACUGGGAACUGGUUUGAUAGAGCAUUCACAGACAGAUUAGAGAAGCCUAAUCUGCACUGCCUUGCAGUGAUAUAAUUGAUAGCAAAUGAGAAAAGUAAUGUUGUUUAAAUUUUUAAUUUAAAACAGAUCUCAUGUUUGAGAUCUUACAGGAAUUAACACAAGUGAGAAAUUUGGAACUGUUAGCAGCUAAAAGAGCUUUAGGGAUUGCAAGAAAUUAGAGUGAUGCCUAUAAAGCAAAAACACCCCAAGCUAUAUAAAAAUGUUUCUCUACUGAGCUUAACUUUUAGUUGACAAAUAAAUAUUAUGCAAGCUUAGGUACAUGAAGGUUUAAGACUGAGAGCAAAUUACUGAACUUGCAGCCACACAGAUCCUCACUGAACAAUGGCAAACAUAAGAGUAUCCAUGAAAAUUCGAGAUGACUCUUGCAUGUUUGCAUCAGGAUCUAGUGCUGAUUACAUGAGCACACAUUAUCUUUUUUUCCAACAUGAUAUCUCUGAAUACCCAACGUACAGUUCUGAGUACUCUGAAAAACAUCAUCCCUCAAUAUUUCACAAUGUGCAAAGUCAUGGUACGCUUUUGAAAUCAUGUUUUUGAUUUCUCAGUUCCCAUCUGUACAAUAGAAAUUAUUCCUCUUCACAAAGGUUUUGUGAAGAGGAAUUGAAGCUUGCAAAGGUGCCACAGUGAUUUGCAAAUGCUGCUAUAGUGAUUUGCAGAGAAAAGUCAAAAUGGAGAACAGUCCCUCUGCAUUUGGAGCAAGGUGUGCAUAAACAAAUAUAGGACAAUACAAGAGGAAAAGGAAUUGAACUGCUGCUAAUUUUUACCAUCCUCCCACUAAAUGAAAUGAAGCAGCAAUCCUCUGGGAAAAAAAAGUAGUGGAUAUUUAUUCUGAAUGAGGCUAGUCCCACAGUUACUUUUUAUCUUCAGUCCCUAACUCAUCUGCCCUCAAAUUGUAGGAUGUAUUCCCAGGAAUAGAUUCAAUAUAUAUGUAGUUUAGAGACACAAAUGCUGCCAGAAUUGACUGUGCUGUGCAGCAACAAGAGACUGUUUCAUCUGGCUCCUGCCUAACAUUUCCAGAGGUAAUUGAGUCUCCUAACAGUUGCUGUCCAAGGGAAGAUGAAAAGCAGCAUCUACCAUAGGUGUUGGAAGCUGGGCAUUCCUGCUCUUUUCCCUCUCUAAAAAUGGGAUUUUGUGUUUGUGGAGAGGAACAACUUGAAGAAAAACACACUCUUAUACAGCAGACCAAAAGAAUGAAUGUAUGUAUAAUCUAAAAUGAAUUUAUACUCUGAGAACCUUCUAGCUGGUUGAAAUAUACUUCUGGCUAAAUUUUACUUAAAGAAAUGGGUAGUUCACUGUAAAACAAGAAUAAAUGGAAGAAUUUCAGCCCAUGAUAUCAAUAGAAGCACCCUGAGGACACAGCUGCUGACCCCAGCUGUCUGUAACAGGAUCUCCCACUUCUGUGCACCUCCAGCCCAUCAACAACGUGUUGGCCGCAGUCCCAGGAGGUCACUUGCAGCACUGGCAGUUGUUGUGACACAUGGAAGCACGUGGGCCAGUGCUGCCCUGGCUUCAGGUGCCGCUCAAGACGUGAGCAGAGGAGGGCAGCCCCUGCCUCUCCUCUCCAUCCCCCGGGGCCAGGGCAUCGCCUUCUUCCUCCAUCCCAUGGUCCUUUGUCAGUGUGGACUCAGAGUUUGGAAAGGCUGGUGUGCCGUCUAGACAAGGAGAGGAUAAAAGGCUGCUUUUUUUAGUUUGUUUUCUAAAUGUUUUCAAAUGUCACAUAUGCUUUGUGUAGACAGAGUUUAAUAUCAGCAAGCUGGCUGUGGUUGCUCCCCAGGCAGUUCAUUUGUAGAUGAGGUUGUAAUUGCUGUGAGUGGGCUGGAUGCGUGGCUGUGAAAUUACUUCCAUAUUGUCUGUGCUGUUGGUGUCUCUUGGUCCAUAGCCCCAGUUCAAGGCAAAGCAGAGAGCUGAGGCCAUACAGUAGUGAAAUCCAGUGCUCACACUAUGCUGGACCAUUCUGUAGCCUCCCUUCACCUGUGAAUGAGGGCACAUGGGGCAGCUGCAGUGCUGUCCAAAUGAGCACACCGUGUCGUGGCGCAUGUGCUAGUGAACCCCUUGACCUGCAGAAAUCUGCAGCUGGAAGUGCACUGCACAGCUUGGUGUGGAGCAUGGGCGGUGUGCCCAGUGUGCUGGAGGGUGUUUCAUGCUCUCUGCUUGCACAGCACAGGUGAGCUGCAUGUGCCCACCAUGUGCCCAGCCAGGUCAGGUGCAUGUUCAUCAUGUUUCUGAAGGCCAGGCUUGCUAACCAACAAUGGUGAAUGAAACCUCUUCUCUCCAAAAGCCAUCCUGUGACUUGUCUUCCUGUGGGUGAAACACUUAAAGAUUUCCAGGUGUCUCAAUAGCUGAUACCUGCUUGUGGACAAAGCAGCACUCUGGGGCUUUGCGCCUACUAUGUGAGCCAACAGGACUUGAGUAGAGGGAUAAAAACUUCCCCUUUCCUUUGGUGACAGGAGUUUUAAGUGCCAGUAGCUAACAAGUGUCUCUUCAGUUGUCAGGCUCAGGCCAAAUUGAUCCCUGGUGGUUUUAAUUGAAGCUUCAUGGAAAUGAGUCCUGUUAAAACAGUGAGGUGAGGCAAAAAGCAGCAUAAACAGGAGGACAUAAGAGAGAAGUCUUUGUUCUUGUGUCCCCAGAGCAGCCCGGCAUGGUCUGGGAACAGUGUGGUGUCCCCAGCUAGGAAAACAGUACCUCUGUCUUUGAACUUCCCUGACCUUUUACGUUAUUUCAGUCUCAUUCUCUGGAGUUCAAGGUACUGGCUGUGCUUCAGGAAUUUGCAAGCAUAAACACUCAUCAGUGUGGCUGGCACUACCAUGAGAUGAAAAGGGAGUUGAGAAAGGAUAAAACACAUCCAAAAGCCAAACAAAAAGUGUACAGGGUUUGUAAACAAAGCAUGUAGAGCUUCCCCAGUGCUGCCCAGAAUGCCUACUUCCUUCCACCCUCCCUCCCCUCCUGAGCCUGAGGCUCCUUCAAAGCCAUAAGGGACUUCUCUCUCAUAACUUUAAUACAGCAUAUAAAUUAGGGAAGUUUUCACUUAAGCCAAGGCAACUAGUUAGUAGGAAAUUCCUAAGUCCUUUGAGCAGCUGCUGGUUUUGCUGCAAGUGUAGUUUUUCCACAGCCUGACUGUAAAUGUAUUUUAUUUCAAUCCCUUCCUGUUCCUCCCAUGCAUGGGGAUCCAUGUUGUGCUUAGCUAGGCUGAGUGCUGGUGACACAUUGCUGCUCAACCAUGCUUUGGGACCGCACAUUUUUAGAUUGCAUCUGUCCUUGAUUUCUAAAAAAAAAACCUUUGGAUUUGGUGCUACUGAAGUAUGUGCUGUGUCAUGAAAACUGGCAGCACCAAAGUGAGAAGUCUGACUCAGGGAAAAUCUCCCAUCCAAAUUCUGCUCAUUUGUUUUCUCCUCUGCCUUUGGGAUGAAAUUAUUGUGCUGAAUGUGAUAUAACCCCAUUUAAACUUUCACAAAGGUCUUCCAGGCCUCAAUUGACUACCAGUUUUUGGAACAUGUCAGCAGUGCCAUCAUUCUGGCACUGAACUAUCUAUAAUGUGUUGUAAGAAGCAUCAAAGGGCACAGGUGACCACGUCUGUGUGUUCUGUGCUGGAUAUUUUAUGCAAGGUCAGGCUCACUUGUCCUGGUGCAGCUGUACACCCAGUAGACCCUCUUUCUUUCCCCUGCUUUCUUUUCCCUCCAGUCUUCCCUGGUAACAGGAGCAGAAGAACCCGCUGAUACCAAGCCAGACAUGGCUUCUGGAUGCAUUCAGUCUGUAUUCAGUGUGCUUGAAGUGCUUCUGCUGCAGAGGGGAGUGCUGGCCAGAGCGCAGCCUCUCCGUAGCUGAAGAGCACCAGCUGCUCUCACUGUCACCAGCCGGUCAGCCUGUGUAUAGCUGUAGAGGCUGACCUGGAGCAUUCUUUGGGAUUUUAUCUUUUGCUAUUCCUCAGCCUGUGAAACAUCUGUAGGUAAUUAAAUCCACAUUUCAGCCUGUCUCUUGGGCAGCAAGCAGACACAUGUGGAAUAACACAUGUGCUACAUACAACCAGCUGCAGCUCCUGCAGCAGCUGUUAAAGCCAGCAUGUGCCAUCCCUGUGACUUGCAGGCUGCCUGCAAGCCUCUCCCCAGCACACACCACAGAGCCCCAGGGGCCCUCUCAAGCCUAUCGGUAUGCCUACAGAGCUGCACCUCUUCCCUUCAGCUCCUCCUGGGACUGAGAUCCCACAUGGGCUCCUCUGCAGCCCUCAAAGUCUGUGCUAGCCCCACUUCUGGGAUGCUCAAACAAGCCAUUGGCUGCUUUGGCACCAUCUGAGGAAUGCUGGUCUGUUCCCUACUCCUCUCCUACCAUCUCCCUCCCUAAGCUGCAUGCCUUUAUUGCCAUCAACCACAAAUAUGAGUUUAGUCUCACUAAUUUUCUGACCAGGCAUCUCAUCUAGAGAAGUACACAGAGCACAGGUAAGUUCACACUUUGAUGAUGCUAUAUUUAAACUACAUUUUUACUAAAGCUGGAAUCACUUUGGUAGAGACUUACCUGUGGUCUCUUCUGUUCUCAACACUGUACCUUGAAACUGAGAUGAUACUGUGGCACCUAAGAACCAGAGCGUUUUUUCUCGGUUUUGAGUUCUCUGAAUCCUUUUAACACUGCUGAGUUUUGUUAUUCUUUCUCCUGCCCUAAAAAGGACUGUGUGUCCUCAGGAGCACUUUAUACAUAUGAAGACUGAGGCUGGAUUAACUGUUGUCAUCUACUUUAUUUACCUUGUUUAUGCCACUGCAAAGCAGCUGAGUAGGUCCUCUCUUAAUAUAGUCAAGGAAGUGGUGACUUAGGACCAUAUUCCAAGGCUGUGUGGGAACUGCUGGGCAGGAAAAUGGAAAAGGCUGAAGAAGGAGUUGAAAUCACGUGAACUGUGCUGGUAUAGAAACUUUGGAAGUAUGUGAUUGAUAGUGCUUGUAAACAUUUCUAUUGCAAUUGGUUUCUAGUGGGGAGACGCCCUGAGAGGCACAAGCUUUUCAUAAGGAAGUCAGAGAAAACUGCACAUGCAAGAGGAAGCUGCUAGAUAGGGAAACAUCUCCAGAAGUGCAGCACUUUACAAAUGAAAGCAGUUGUCCUACCCUCUGACAAGGACAAGUGCUCUUUCCCAGGCCAGCUGUCUGGCCAGUGGCAGAGCUGCCAGAAGCUGGAGGUGGACCCACAGCCAGCUGUUUUGCCUGGAAGAGGAAAUGGGGAGAGGUAUGGGGAGAGGAAACCUAUAGUGAAACGGAUCUGGGGUAGGACACUGUCUUUGUAUGUUACCACUGACCUGGCACUCCCAAGUGCUGCAGUUGUGAGACUGCCUCCAAGCAACAAUUAUCCUCCUCACAUUUGGUUUGUCAGAGGCAAGCAGCUGUGGUCCCCUGUCUUUAGUAGCACUACAAAGGUAAUCUGGGCAUGUAGAAAAUGUUGCAGGGUGCUGUCUCUCCUCAAUCACAUGGCCAAGGUUCAAAUCUGGGAUGGUAACCUUUUAACUCAUCAACUGACCAAAAGGUGACCAGUUCCCAGAUUUGCAGUACACAAUAAAAGCCUCGGGAGAAAAAAGUUACAUGAUACCUCCUUGUCUUACUGACUUGAAGAUGCAGUGACAAAUUGACAGCAGCAAUCUGCCACACUCACCACGUCCGGUUAAGAAUAUGGGGCUCUUUCUUUGGAAGUCCCCUGCAAAGAAUUCCUUGGGAACAAAAUGGUAUUUCAGUGGUGUAACUGUGCUUAAAAUGUUUAAGUUUUUCAGGGAAGAAGAAACAGCAGCCAAAGGAACAUUCCUAGCACUGCUGGGUUGUUCACCAGCAUUCAUUGCCUGUCUUUUGCCAGAGAAGUGAAAAAUCACAGGGCCAACCCAGGCUAGGCAGGACAAACAAAGCAAGGACCUCUCCCUGCACACUGGCAAUGCAAAUUCAUUCCUGUCAAUGGUGUCUUUGAAAAUCUGAAAGGUGUGAAAAUGUUUUUGUUUUAUCUGAAGCUAUUUUGGAAUCUGACCCCAGUCUUGUACUAGGAAGGGAGUGUUUCCCUGCAGCUAAGCUGAAUCUUUAACCCUUUGAUUUUCCAACUGGGGGACACCCCAGCCCCCCUGCUAUGUGCAGCUGCUCAGCUGAAGCGAGAUCCUCCACAGAACAGUGAAAGUGUAGUUUUCUCUAGUCUGUUAUCCCUGAAACAUGCAACUGUCUUUAAUUAGUGGUAAAUUCUGUUGUUUCAAUUUGUUUUCAUUCCAUCACUCCAGUCCUGAGGCAGGUAAUAGUGGUAAGUACAAUGAUCUGCUGGUGCUGAGGCAGCUUGUAACUGGAGGAGUGGGAAUGUACCCCUGUGCACAGCACAUGGUGCACAAGGCAGAAAAAAAUAACUGUCUCCCUUACUGCAGCCAGCAGAUCUGGCUGCUGCAGCAGUUUCUUGUCCUUCCACUAUUACUUCUUGGAAACAGCAACACCCAGUUACACUCCGAACGAAAAUCCUUUGACCUGUAAAGGAAGAAUCACAUUUCUGUGCCUGCCCUGCAGAGUCAGGAGGGCUGGCUUCUAUCUGUUGUCAGCACCAGCACUCCAGAAUCAACAAGAGCUGGAAGCUGAGAAGAGGACUGAAUCCCCUUUUCUCAAAGGGAAAGAGUCAAUCUUCCAGUAGGUCUAGCAAAGGCAUGCUGCUUAGCAGAAAGAUGAUUAAAAAAACCAAAGCCAAAGAAACAAAAACCACAAAAAAACCCCAUAGGAACUACAGCAGCAUUAGCAGUUAUGGCUUUGUUUUUAAAAACAAUCACCAUUAAAAAAAAAAAAAAAGACAGGGUGAACUAUAAGUCACUAUGAAAAAGACCAACACCAAAGUACAUGAGACUGACUUUGUCAGUUUGUUUUAUUACUGGGCACAGCACCGUACCACUUCAUAUACAUACAAGCCACAGUAAUACAAACAGUCUCUAGCCUUUUUUAUAAUUAAAAAAACACAUGGUAUUUGGGAGGAGUCAACUGUCCCAGGAGUCAGCUCUCAAAAGCUAUUCUGCUGCAGUUGCAGUAGUUUUUCUCACAAAAUACUAUGGGUUUUCAUGCUGUUAAUACAUGAAGCUGAAAAGUCUGAACUUGUAGCAGUGCCUCUGCUUAACAUGAUCAAGGCAGGCUUUUCAGCAGCUCACAGGCUUUCAAGUAUGCUCAGUCAUGGUCCUUUGCAGUUAAACGAAAGUGUGCCAGACACCCAGGUAUGGAACUAGAACCCUCCAGUGCUUCUAUAGAAACUCACGUUAUCCUGAAGCACCAGAGGUUUAUCCACUACAGGGCUAGUUAAAACACUCCUGCAUCCUGACAGCCUUCCUGCAGGCAGCACAGGCUUCUGACACAGGCAGGACCAUUUCCUACAGAGUCAGUUAAGUCUGUAGCAGCACAAGGUCAGUGAAGCUUGGAAAAAAGCUUGCCAUUAAAGCAGGCUUAGCUCCUCAGAAAAUGGAUUUAAAACUAGAAGGCACAAAUGCAAGGCUGAACAUGGGCUGCAUACCACUGUGGCAUGUGAACAGUUUAGAUACCCCUCCGAAGAAAAAAUAUAACACAUAAUAAAUACAGUUUGACAUUUUAGAAAACAAGUGCAUUACUGUGAUCCUUCACAACAUAAGUAAGUAGGAUGCACAAGAGCCUGAAGAGCCCUGUUCACUUAAUAUUGCACAGAAGUCCUAAAAUUUAGUGUCAGGUCAUUGUACUGGAGGUGGGACAUGGCAGGAAAAAAAAAGUUGUACUUGGCAGAACCUCCCGAAGUCUCCACCAUCACACAAGCAGCUUUCUGCCAAUCUGAGGUAGAAUUACAUAUAUACUGCUUAAACCCAGUCAAGUCCUGCUCAACUAGUCUUCCAAGAAAAA